AUCAGGAGAUACAGUUGGUGCUGAUUGGAAUACACCAUUACCACCAAAUACUAACCUUGAAAGGGAAUUAUUUGGUAUACAUCCAACUGGUAUCAAUUUUGAAAAUUAUUUUGAUAUUCCUGUUGAAUCAUCACAUAUGGAUCAUGCACCAGUUGAUACAGUUACUAUUCGUAUUCAAAAACAUGGUGAUCCGAAAAAAUAUCCUGGACGUGUGUUACACAUUGCACAUGAAUGUGAUCUGGCUAUAUUGACUGUUGACAAUGAUCAAUUUUGGAAUAAUGUAGAGCCAUUGACAUUUAGCGAUCAGAUGCCUCGAUUACAGGAAUCAAUAAUAGUUGUUGGUUAUCCAAUUGGUGGUGAUAAUUUAUCGGUAACAAAAGGUGUCGUUUCAAGAGUUAGUAUGUCAUUUUAUACACAUUCAUUAGAGUAUUUGUUAAACAUACAAAUCGAUGCUGCAAUCAAUUCUGGUAAUAGUGGUGGACCGGCUAUUCAAGGUAAAGAAGUUGUCGGCAUGUCAUUUGAAAGUAUGAACGGUGCUCAAUCAGUUGGUUACAUUAUACCAGUAUUAGUAAUCAAACAUCUGUUAAAUGAUAUUGAAUUACAUGGUAGAUAUACCGCUUUUCCUAGAAUGGUCUUUCAAUACCAAUCAAUGGAAAAUUCAUCAUAUCGCAAAUAUUUAAAACUAAGCGACGAUCAACAUGGUAUCUUAGUGACAUCGAUUGAACCGGCAUGUAUUCUUAGCAAAAUAUUACAGAAAGAUGACGUGAUCAUGACUAUCGAUGAUAAGACAAUUGCUGAUGAUGGUACAAUCUAUUUUCGUCGUGGUGAAAGACUUAACUUCGAACAUGUAAUGAAAUUAAAAUUUGUUGGUAAUACAAUUACAUUUAAAAUUAUACGAGAAGGAAGGGAAAUAACAUUAGCAACUUCACUCGAUAAUUUUCCCGCACUCGUUCCAUUUCAUUCGCAUGACAAACGUCCAGAAUAUUUAAUUUACGCUGGAAUUGUAUUCACAGUAUUAACCCGCUUUUAUUUGCGUGAAUUUAGUAGAUAUCAUUGGGGUGAAAAAGCUCCGAAACAUUUAGUUAGCUUAGCAUGUAAUGGUAAAUUACAAAACUUAACUCAACAAAUUGUUGUAAUCAGUCAAAUACUUGCUGAUGAUGUUAAUUAUGGAAUAGAUUCAGAUAUCACCGAAGCUGUAUUAAAAACUGUCAAUGGGAUCGAAAUUAAUAAUAUUAAACAUCUAGCAGUAGUAAUUGAUGAAAUAUCAAAUAAGGAAGAUGACGGUUUUAUUCGAUUUGAAACGGAAUCCGAAGAAUUUAUUGUAAUUCAAUGUAAAGAAGCUAGACAAUCAGAAGAAAGAAUUUUAACACAAAAUUCAAUAACUCAUGCAAGAAGUGAAAACUUACGUUAA